UUACGGAGUUUAACUCUCGAGUGAGUCCAGGUAGAAAUCACUGGAAUCGAAACCUAACCCCCUUGCUCCUCUCCCAUGCCAUUCGCACUACUUACCAUGGAAGACGAGCCGGAGAAGGGAUUCUAGGUUUUCAACCCAGAUAAAGCCAAAUCCGUUUCUUUCUCCUCCCGAACUUUUGUCUCUUUGCUUGGUUUUUCAACCUCUACUCACCUGAUGCAUUUCACCUUCUCCCUCUCUUCUCUGCUCCCCUUUUCUCUUUCCCCCUCUUCUUGAUGCUGUGAACUAACAGGAGUCAUGGUGAGGAAACAUGGCUGGCAGUUGCCAGCUCACACCUUUCAGGUCAUUGCUAUCACAGUAUUUUUUCUCCUGGUUGUUGCAUUCUAUGCCUUCUUCGCACCCUUUUUGGGAAAGCAAAUCUUGGAAUAUGUUGCUAUCGGCAUCUACACUCCUGUGGUCAUUGGAGUUUUUAUUCUUUAUGUCCGUUGUACGCGUAUCAAUCCGGCAGAUCCAGGAAUUAUGGCAAAGUUUGAUAGUGGGAUCAUCAAUGGACCAAGCAAUGAUCCCAGGGUGCAAAGCAUAAACUUGCCAACUCACCUGGGAAAUAGUGCUAGAGGAUUACAUUCUUCCCCACCUUCUUCUACAUGUAGAAGCCCAUUAGAUGGCAAUCCUGAUGGCCAAGUUUCAUCUGGAGGAGAUCCAAAUGUAAAUAUUCCAGUGGGCCCUGUAACUAAAACUAAAAGACCAAAUUGGCGCUUCUUCUUGGGAGGCUUUAUCUGUGUGAUAUUUGCAAAAGAAGAUUGUCGCAAAGAUGAUGUCUCUGAGCAACAAGGGGGCGAGGAUGCCUUGUUUUGUACGUUGUGCAAUGCAGAGGUGUGCAAAUUUAGCAAGCAUUGCAGAAGUUGUGAUAAAUGUGUUGAUGGAUUCGAUCAUCACUGCCGGUGGCUAAAUAAUUGUGUGGGGAAGAAGAAUUAUAUAACAUUUAUAUCUCUUAUGGCCACAGGUCUUGUUUGGCUUAUAAUCGAGUUUGGAGUAGGUGUUGCUGUUCUUGUGCUUUGCUUUGUUGAUAAGAAGAGCACGGAAAGGAGCAUUGUGGAUAAACUUGGGAAUGGUUUUUCUCGUGCUCCAUUUGCUGCUGUUGUGGCAGUAUGUACUGCUGUUUCAUUAUUGGCUUGUGUGCCAUUGGGAGAACUAUUCUUUUUCCACAUGAUACUUAUAAAGAAGGGGAUUACUACCUAUGAGUAUGUCGUGGCAAUGAGAGCUAUGAGUGAGGCACCUCCAGCAUCAGUGGAUGAAGAAGGCCAGAAUGCUCUUUAUUCUCCAACUAAUUCAGCAACAACUGGUUUUAGUGGUGGAAGCUCGCUAGGCCUGCAGUAUAAAGGCGUAUGGUGCACUCCACCAAGGGUUUUUGUUGAUCAACAGGAUGAGGUAAUUCCACAUCUCGAACCUGGAAUGGUACCUUCCACAGUUGACCCUGAUUCAGCUGGUUACAUCGACAAAGCAAUCAGGUCCAAGAAGCCAGUCAAACUUAGUGCCUGGAAACUUGCAAAGUUGGAUUCAAAUGAAGCCAUGAAAGCAGCUGCAAAAGCCAGGGCUUCUUCAUCAGUUCUAAGACCAAUAGAAGGUCGCCAAAUCCCAGAAACCGAGUCCAGUAGUAAUGCUAGUGUGAGAAGCAGUAUGAGUAUCGAUUAUGGCCCCAACAAAGAACCAAAAACUGAUCCUAGACACUCACCUCUAAGAAACUCUUACCCACAAAGCAUUGCAAGCAAGGAUGACUAUGAGAGUGGCACCCAAACAGCUAGUAGCCUUAGCAGUCCUCUACACAUCCAUGAACCUUAUGCUUUGAGCCCGCUACCGAUGCAACCGCCAAAUCCUGCGAGGCCAAACAUGCCAAGAGGGUCUCUCCAAAUUACCCAACCAUCCAAUAUCCCAACUAUACAACCUAGCAAUCCAUUGUUUCAAUCUGCCACUUCAAUUGUCAGGGAAAGCAGGAGGAGUUCAGUUGUGUGGGAUCAAGAAGCUGGCAGGUAUGUUUCCGUUCUACCAUCAACUAGGCCUGAAAGCAAUGAAGUUCCAUAUAGAAGUAGAGUUCCUACAACAAAUCCUUCAGCUGAAGUUGGAGGUUAUGGAAGAAGGACCAAUCAGUCAAACUCUUCUUCAUCAUCGGUUGGUCCCUCACAGCAACAGGAGAGGCUAACAUAUACAGGACAGUCAAUAUUUUUUGGCGGUCCACUUCUUACUAACACAGCUAGGGAAGGACAAAGAAAUGAGGGCGGUUUUAGGAGAGAUUCUAAUGUUUAUCGUGACAUUCGAGGAGAUAGGGGGACUGUUGAUCGAUUUCCAGUUUUCACUCCUGGAGCUAAUCAAAGGAAUCCUUCUAAUUCCAAGUAAUUUCUAGACAGCUUCUGAGGAUUCCAGGAGUUCUGCUUCUAAUGUGAUGACACUGGAGCUUGGACGCUCCUAUUAUGUUGAAGCAGGGUGUCUUUAGAGUUGCAGAUUUUAGAUUCUCAAUUAGGAAAUCAAAAAGAGAAAUGUCAAAAGCUGAAGAGCAGAAGUUACAGAUUGAUCAUGAAGAAUAUACUUUGUGGUCAACAAUGGAGGUUUCGUUGGUUUCAUCCUAAAUUUCUGAGAGAACUACUUUUACAGUUCAAAAGCUUUUCAUGCUGAUGUAAAACAAAUCCUUCCACGUAAAUUUUUUACCUGAAUCCAAUAACGGAAUGUUCAGUAGCUAGAGGAAUCUGUGGUCAACCAAUUUUUCAAUAUUAGAUGGAGAGGCUGCUUUAUCUUCUUCGUUUUAGAAUUGGUUUUGUACUUUUGUUCGUCAUAUUAAUUAGUGUAUUUUUUUUUUAAGUAAA